AUGGCGGUGGAGGACGCCACAAUUGCUGAUGGCUGCACAGAGGGUGACGUUGCCUCCCCUCUGGGCAGGAGCUUGUAUGAUGACGCGGUGACCAAUGACCGCAUGCAGCAUCUCAACUCCUCCAGCUCAAACUCCACCAUCUCUGGGAACACUGACCCUGUGGCCCCCAGUGUUGUCAUGGGACUGUGCUGUCUCGUUGGUGUUCCCGGCAACAUCGCAGUAGUCGUCGUGAUCGCCCGCAGCUUCAAGAGGGAGAACUUCACUCUGAAGAUGAUGCUGAACCUGGCGGUCUCUGACCUCUUGUGCCUCAUCACACUCCCAGUGUGGAUCUACUCUCUGCUCUAUGGCUGGAGCUUUGGUCCUGCUGUCUGCAAGUUCAUCUCUUAUCUUGUCUACUGCAGUUUGUACGCCAGUGUGCUGACAGUCACCCUGAUGAGUGUGCAGCGCUACCUGACAGUGCUGUACACCCAGUGCUGGGCCAGACUGCGUGGGACGGGCGAGAGGGUGCUGCUGGUCGCCUUGUGGGGGCUGGCAUGUCUCUUCGCCUCCCCUAACAUCCCAACACGGGAUAUUGUGAAUAAGAGAAAUCUGAUGAGGUGUCAGAGAAGGUGUACAGACGAGCUGAAAGUGACAGUCCUUCUGCUGGAGACUCUGCUGGGGUUUGUCCUUCCUUUCUCCAUCCUGGUCACCUCUUACUUCUGCCUCCACAAGAAGGUGAACCAAACCGCUUUCUUCAGCAGCCAGAGGAUGACCAAGCUGGUGACCAGCAUCGUGGUCACCUUCUUCAUCUUCUGGAUUCCUGUUCAUGUCAUAAAUAUGGUGGACAUCUCCACCACCUUGCUGAAAACAUCUCAUCCGGAUACAUAUGAGAGCCUGAAGAGCUUUAGGAGGGCCAGCGGGGACGUCUCAAAGGCUUUAGUUUUCAUCAACAGCUGUAUUAACCCCUUCCUGUACGCCUUCGCCUCACGAAGCUUACGCUCCAAUGCACAGCAGACAGAGGAGAAGAAGGCUGCGACUCAGACGAGCAAUGUGUGAAAUUCCUG